CGGGGUUUCAGGCUACAUCUCCUUCUGCGUCCCCAACGGUGCCCCCAACGGAGUCCUCUACGGCGGAUGAGACUGAGACUGUCCAGAGUUCGGCAACAUCUUCGGUAACGUCUUUUUCGUCUCCAUUGCCGCCCUCUGCGCCGUCUCCUUCGUCGUCUCCUUUGUCAUCUCUUUUGUCGUGUUUCUCGUCGUUCUCAUCGGAGGGCAUGUCGAGUGCGGCUGUAGGAAUUGCUGGGUGCCCGAGUUCUGGCAAGGGGCGAGAGGAGACGCCGGAUCCAGAUCCAUCAGCCUCAGGCGUCCAGACAAUAACGACCAGCGGCACCGUCCGAACCGUCUUCGUCACUCCGUCCAGCCCAGCAGACAGCGGCUCGGCGGACCCGGACGAGUCAUCCGAUGGAGGAUCGGGCCUCGCCACAGGAGCUGUUGUCGGCAUCGUGAUCGGCGUUAUCGGUGCCGUCAUCGUCUUUGCCGCCGUUGGCGUGUUCUUCUACAUCCGACGGCGAAAGCAACUGAAUGCGGACUCCGACAUCAGCAAUGAUAAGUACGAGAAUCACGGCGGCGGUAGCUCGACACCCACUCCUCGGCUUCCCAAACUGGUCGUGACUAUGAACGGAUCAGGCGCGAAUCCCGAAUCCAACGGAGACCAGCGUCGUAGCAGCAGGCUCAUGGCAGUUGAUCCGCGGAUGGAUCCUUAUGCGGCGCCGAUGUAUAGAAACAAGAGCCGGGAGAGCGUCAACACUUUGCACGAUGAGCACGACUACUCGCGCAAGGUGACGAGGCCCGUACUACGCGCCACCAAUCCCGACCCGAUUGAUGAAGACUAGACUCGGCCAUUGCUUUUACGACGCACACGAAUAGGGUCCCUGUCGCAAAAAAAUGGGGCCUCUGCAUUUUCAUCUUUGUUGUUUUCGAGAUACCAGGGCGGCG